AUGCUGGUGGUUUGUACGGUGCCCCUAAGUGCCCUCAUCUACCAGUCCAAGCUGCAAUCCGUUAUCGGUGGAAACAGCUGGGUACUACCCCAGACUGCCGAGUUUUACCCUUUCUAUUGCAGAUUCGGUUGGCUUGGGCCUGCCGAAGGCUUGGGGUCUACACCCACAAUGGACAAUUUGGCUCCGGCAAUGGUUGUUGGGCGCGGUUGUAUCCACCGUUCAGACUACAUGCGUCCGCAUUCCGGACCAGGUUGA